AUGACACCGCGAGCAUCGAUACCGCCCAUGGCAGAGUGCAGUCCAGACGGACUCGAGGUACCUACGGUCUCACAUGCCACGGAAAAUCUUCCACGAGCGGUUGUCGAGAUUGGCUGCCGCCCUCUGUAUUCGCUUUCUGAACGGCAUUCGUCGCUGGAUGACGCUCUCAUGGCCGAACAUGCUGGACGCAGCCAUCUUGCAAGCCCCGCAGUCCCGGAGUCGGUCAGCAGUCGUGAUCCACCGUCCUCUACGACACGAAAGACUGUGGCGGGAAGCCCGACAGGUGAGUUCUGUAAAGAUAAAGCGGAGGAUCUGUCGGCCAUUAGCAUCGAAGACGCCCAAUCUGCACCAGCUGCACCACCUUUGAAUGAUCUAGCAGUGCUGGCCUCGAAGGCUGGAUCUUGUGAUGACGACAAUGCCUUGGAGGACGUGGCUAGGGCCCAGGACGAGAUGAGACUCGAGGUGGGAGACGCUGUCGAAGGAUCGCUCAAGGUUGUCCCUCCACAAGCACCCGACUCACCAGUCAACGUCCCGGUUCCCGCAGUCGACGAACCUCCUCGGGAGGUUUUAGGUGAAGCUACUCACGACGUGCCUCGCAGCACCAUGGACGAGACACAUUGCGAAGCUACCACGGACGCCAAGCCCGAGCACACACACGUGUGGGACACGGACACCUUGGCUGGUCCUACCAUGCCCUUUACACCACAUGCUGAGCCCGCGCAAACAGCUUCCGUCACCUCUCCCGCCUCGCUUGCAGAAACGCCAGCAAGAAAUAUGAUUGUCGACGUGGAGAAAGGCCGACCCAUACCCGCUUCCUCGCGAAGCGUGCUGCCAAGCCCGGAACUGAUGUCUCCGCCGCUGGACUGGUCACUGACAGACAUGUCCACAGAGCUGUCGAAGCGCGACCAGGAUGCGGAGCCUUUGGUCGAGUCGUCCGCUUCGCGAUCACCUUCGCCCAUUCAUGUGGCGCAAGGCGGCACCAGCUGUGGCGUGCCAGCCUCAAACGAUACAGCAGAGGUGGAAGUUCCACAAUUGGAUAUCUCGCCAAGCACCACGUCGCCACUCUCGUCUUUUGCCAAUGGGGGCCAGGUCCCCUCGCCAACAACGCGCAUCGGCGACACCUCGGUCGACGCACAAACCAGUCUGCGGCAAUUGCCGUCAGCACUCGAGGAAGGGACUCGACCUCCAGUACCGCAAUCAGCCGCCUCGGAUGGCUCGCAGAUCGAAGUGGCGUGGGGAAAGAGACCAGAGACAUCCUGCACGGGAGCGAUAGAAGACGAAGUGACGACUGUAGACAACGUCGGAUCUUCCGAUGCUACGCUGCAAGCGCCUAGCUCGAUAGCAGGAGACAGCGAUUCUGCUGGUGAUGAUGAACUCUUGUCCCCACUGAUGCGCAAGACUGCUCGGCGAGAAAAGAAAAUCAAGAAAAGUACUCCCGCCAGCAAGACCAAUGGAGAGCGGGAUCAAUCGCUCGUGAGUGGACAAAAACCUCAAAGCACCAGCGCGAAAGGCUCUGGACGAACAAGAUCUCGACCAGAAGAUUACAUUCGCAGGAGCUAUGCAGCGGCCGGGCUGGACCCGUCCCGGCUCAUUAUCACAUACGAACGUCCUUCCGAAAACCCGCUGGAGUUAUACAUGAGUUCCACUGCGAAAGGCCAAGCAGAACUGACGACACCUCGAAUGACCAAGUUGAAGAGCGCAAGAUCUACUCUCCUGGCUUGUCUACCGACAGCCGGCAACGACAAGGCAGACAAGAAGGACGCCAACCUCAUUCGAAGGCUCUGUCUUUCCCCCCUGCGCGACGGGGAGACUUCGCGGUUGGUCGAUGUCGUGAAAGCACUGCGCCGUCGGAGCGAGGUCGCAGGAGAUGAGUUGAGACUUUUUCGCUGCCUGGAAAGCCUGAUGAUUACGGUCACAAAGCAACACGAUGAGAAAGAAUAUCGAGAAGCCCUGACAGAAUGGACCAAACAUGAGAUUGAGUGCAUGGACAUCUAUAUCUGCCUCAACUAUGUUCUUCUGCGCCUGGACGAACGUUGGCGAGGACUUCAUUUGUUGCUUCUUGUGUUCUUGCUGAGAGCAGGUGUCAAGCAAUUGCAGAUCUACUUCGCACGAGCGCGAAGACCCGCCGCUCUGCUCUUACUGGUAAAAGGCCUAAAUGAUCCAGAUCUCUGCGAGAAGCAUUGUCCUUGGAUGCGUCAGCUAGUGGCAAACGCAACGCUGGCGGAGCCGCUCAUUCUGCUUCGAUCAACGCCCCUGAGCAUGUUACAGGACCGGGUCAAGCACAUCGUCCAGCCAUCUUUCGUCGCCUCUGCUUUAGGGUACGAUUCUACAUACGAUGAGCGAGCACUCCAACCUGCGUGGCCGUCAGGCUCCUCACAGGAGCGUAAGGCCCACGCUUCCCUUUCGCCAUCGACUGCUGCUAGUCGAGCGAGUGACCUGCCGAUCAGUGUUGUCAACGCCGCCGCCGCCGGUCUCAUAUCUUUGGCUCGAAAACGCCCAUUGUCCUCUGCCACAGGAUACGACAAGACGACCAGUCCGACCAAGCGGCGGCGUUUGGACGACUUAGCGCAGGACUUCAGCGAAAUCCACGAGCCGGCUGAUAGCGACGACUUACCUACGGCUGACUCUGAGGGUACGAACUACAGCCGCUUUAGGUACUACGGCGCUAUGGCAUCGACAUCCGAGAAUAACUUUACAUACACGGAGUCGUCAAAUUCGCCUGUCAGCCCGUGGGCAUUUCCGUUGCAAUCGUCAGGUGUCCGUGCUGAAUCAACAGCACCGGCAGAACCUCCACUGCAAGCCAGGGCGUUCUUACCAACGGCAAAGCCAGAGCCCUUCCGGCCUAUGACGGAUGUGCUACUCAACGCACGGGCAGCGAUUUUUACGCCUGCUAGGCGUGACUGGGGAGUGACCGGCAAUGGGAACUCCAUCGACAAGCGCAACAAUUCAUGGUGUGGUAGGUCGUUCGCUCUCGGCAGCCACGAUUCGGACGUUAAGCGGAAGCGAUCCUUAGGCGAAGCGUCCUUAACGGAGGAUCGAGCGAUCAACAGACCGCGUCUCGAUGCGCAGCACGAUCAUUGUGUCCCGGCGCCGGAAUCUGUGCAUGAGCAUUCAGUCGCGGGUAACGAGCUAGGCUUGAGUAAGACAAGUGGCAGCGGUCACCACUCGUCGAUUGCCGAUAUGGAAAAGGAAGCAGACGUAGAACAAGUAAAAGCGGAAGGUGUGGGUAACAAUGCCAUCACGGAGGAGCACAUUAGGACAGAAGCAGAAUCGCUGGCAAAGACUCUGGAGCAGAAUGGCCAGGAGAUAUGGACAGGGGAUUCUCCCUUGAUCAUGCUGAGCCCGGGAAUGUGUAAAGCAGAAGAUCUUCGCAAACUGGCCACCGAUGGCAGGCUGAAUGAUGAAUUCGUGAACAUAGUCCCCUUACUGGGUGAACACGAGGAUGUGAAAGAAUAUCUGUUACCGACAUUUGUCAUGGAGCUCGUUCGCGAAGCCAGGUACAAGGAUUUAGACACCUGGGCGGCCAAGAUCCCAAAGCAGGCCAAACGAUGGGCGUUCGGGGUACACGAAAGUGGUCACUGGAUGGCCGUCAGGAUUGACUGGGUCCAGCGCCUCAUCCAGCACUAUGAUCCAAUGCACCAGGGAGCCACGGCUCGCAGUCGACUCACGCUCAAGCAUGUUGAGAGGUGGGCUAGGCAUCGUGAUGGUGGACAGUCCGUGUGGCGUCUCGAGAAGUUCGAUGGUCCUUUCCAGGCAAAGGACGACUACGUCAACUGUGGCGUCUAUGUCACUUGGGUGUUGCGACACUGGAUCCGUGGCAAUGACCUGGACGCGGCCAGUCUAACGUGUCCUUUGGCCUUCAAAAUGGAGAUAUUGCGGCUGCUACGGACGUCUCCCACGAUUGCCAAACUGCCAUCCGUCGGCGAGGAUGAUGGUUCUACAGACUCCAUUUGCUCUGACGACCACGCAACGACAUCGGCUCACGUACGUCCAAGCGGCAACGUUCCCCAGCACGUGAAUGCAGGGCAGGCUUCAAAGGACGGUCGGACUGCAGAACAACGACAGGGUUACAGAGAAGUACUCCUGGAGACUUCUCAGCACAUCGAAGAUGCGACGCGGGCUGCAUCUGUGAAUUUUCCGCUCGAUAGGAUCAUAUCUUCUUCGCCUGGGCAUCCAUAUGUCGAGCAGGACCCGACACAGCGUGGUACCGUAGUUGCUGCUUCUGAGAACGCAGCAAAUGGAGCGGCUGUGAAUCCGGCUACGCCGACUCAAGAAGUCUCAAGCAACACGGGGCUUCGCGGCAUCCAGGCAUCGCAGCCUCUGUGCCUUGGUGACACAUCGGCCCUCCACCCGAGGUCACCGAGAGAGCCUGGUCGAGACAUAGAUGCUGAUAGUAGCUCGUCCAGAAGCAGCCUGUUAUCCACGGGUCUGAAAGUGUCAGAAAACACAAGCGUGACAUGUGACGACCUGCAAACCCCGCGAGCUUCCUUCGACAAGCCGAAGCUACCAAUCGAUGCCGAUGUCACCGAGUCAGUAUCCAAACAUGUCCCUGAAGAAAACAUGCACACGACUACACACGAGAAAGGUGAAGACCUGCGCAAUGAGCGUCGUGAGCGACACAGCGGACGUUCGAGCCUUCCACGACCGUUACUCUAUGCAGGACGAGGCGGCGAAGUCGUUCUUGGCAUAGGAUCCGGGAACAUCGAAAGCGUGGUGACACGGAGACUCCUCGAUGACAGCGAAGCACCAGGCGAAGCAGGUACACAUACACAGCAUACAACUAGGAGGGACGCCUCAGUCCCGCCAUGCUAUGUUACAUGGGCAGGAGCGACUGAGGUCGGAGAUGUUCAAGCACCUUUUCCGCUGAAUCUCCCAGAAGAUAGCGUGGAUGGUCUCAGAGCACCCGUGCUUGACGGUGCACCGCGCUUCGCAGGAGAUCCAGAAAGUGUUCCAUUGACACCUUUCCUGGAUGAGCUUGGCACGGUUGACUGGGCUAAUUUCCUCGAGAGAGUUGACUGGGAUCAAUUUGUGGAUAUUUCUUAA